AUGCUUCUUAUAACUGCACUUCUGUUCUUCUCUCUUCUAAAUAUCAGCGCUCAAACAUCGCAUGCAAAAGCUUUCACAGAGCUCAUGAAAGGCGACAUCGAGGACUUGCAUGAAACCAUAAUUGGAGACCUAGAAUGGGAUGAUGGGUUAGCGGAAGAAGCGCGUAAAGAAUUAGAGUCGCCACUUCCGAAACCGAAAGGAGCUGACCUGAAACUCACAGGGACAACAACUGUCACGGAUGGAAACCGAGGAGGAAUCGUUACUUCAACUCGUCAAGGGUUUCCUCGAAGAAAACAAGGGUCGCGGUAUCAAUCAGGCUCACACUAUGGAUGUGGCAGCUCGUACAAAGAAUUGGACGAAGACCACAUUUGCCAGUCAGGUUCAGGUCGCUUGUCUCUACAAUUGGACGUAUCUUGCUUGAAUUUUCCGAUAAAUUUCUCGAGCAAUUGA